AUAAAUGUUAAAUAUACUGUGUAUAUAAUUGUUAAAUAUACGUCUAAAUAUAAAUGUCAAAUCUAAAUGCUAAAUCCAUCCAUCCAUCCAUCUAUCCAUCCAUCCAUUUUCUUGAUGUUAUGUGGGGUCGGGUCGUGGGUGCAUAAUUUUAAGCAGGCAAUCCAAGACUUCUGUCUCCCUAGCCACUUGGUCAAGCUCUUCUAGGGGGAUCCCAAGGCUUUCCGAGCCCAACCCAGAGACAGUCUCUCCAGCGUUUCCUGGGUCAUCCUCGGUGCCUUCUCACAGUUGGACCAGCCUGGAACACCUCAGGGAGGAAUGCAGGGGACAUCCUAACCAGAUGCCACCACCUCAUCUGGCUCCUCUCGAUGCGGGGGCGCAGUGGCUCGCGCUUGUCACCCGUAGCUCUAAGGGAGAGCCCGGACACUCUGCGGAGGAAACUCAUUUCGGCCCCUUGUACAAUCUUGAACCUUCGGUCACGGAGCACAGCUCGUGAGCAUAGAUGAGGCUAUAGGAACGUAGAUCGACCAGUAAAUUGAGAGCUUCACCUUUUGGCUCAGCUCCUUCUUUACCACGACAGUCUGACAGAGGUCUGCCUUUUGAUCUCCCGCUCCAUUCUUCCUUCACUCGUGAACAAGACCCCGAGAUACUUGAACUCCUCCACUUGGAGCAGAAGCUCUUCGUCGAACAAAAAGAGUGCACUCCACCCUUUUCCCACAGAGGUCAGAUUCAGAGGUGCACAUUUUUCAUCCCAACCACUUCUAACUCGGCUGCGAACCGCUCCAGUGAGAGUUGAAGAUCGCGUCUUGAUGAAGCCUUCAGAACCACAUCAUCUGCAAAAAGCAGGGAUGUAAUACUGAGGUCACCAAACCAGAUUCCUUCAACGUCACGGCUGCACCUAGAAAUUCUGUCCAUGAAGGUAAUGAACAGAAUCUGUGACAAAGGGCAACCUUGGCAUAGUCCAACCCUUACUGGAAACAAAUUCAACUUAUUGCCACAGUGCGUACCAAACUCCUGUUGUACAGGGACCGAACGGUUGAGGUGGACGCGAGAGGUGGAUGAUGUGGGUGGGGAGAGGGAAGUAUGGGCUUCUGUACUAAGUUACUGCAUCCACGACCUGAGAGUGGAAAAGUGGUUAACACAUCCGCCUCAGCAAGACCAGACCAAGAACACGCUGGAAGAAAUACGUCACACAGCAGGCCUGCGAAUGCCUCAGAUUCCAUACUGUUCCAUACUCUGCAACGCUAAACGUGAUAAGAGGAAGAAAAUGGAUUGCUGGUUGGUAGUGUACCAGCACAGGGGAUAAAAGAAGCUGUGGCUGUGCUAUGCAAGUUCAAUUUGGAAAUUGUUCAGCCGUGUAUGCACAAGCACCACUGGUUUGGAGUUCAUAUCAAAGCAGACAGGCCAUCCUGCAAUGACAAAAAAACAGAGCAUGCAAAAAGGAGGUGAAGACUGAAAACUGAGCUCUCUGUUACCCACUGAGGUUGUGCAAUUCAGAAGUUGGGCCAAAUUUUAGUGAAAAAGUCACACCAGAUGUUAAACUCAAUGCGUCAGGCGAGACAUCAGCAUUCUUCAUGAGAAAAGCAUGUAUCAAAGGAGCAUUCUUCAUUCCUUAUGUCCUGUUCCUUGGGACCUGUGGUAUCCCUCUAUUUGUUCUGGAGACAGCUUUGGGCCAGUACACCAGUCAAGGGGGAAUCAUGUGCUGGAGGAAGAUCUGCCCCUUGUUUGAAGGCAUUGGAUACGCCAGUCAGCUCAUCCUUUUCUAUGGAUGCAUCAGCUACAUGGUCAUUUUAGCCUGGGCAUUUCUCUACCUGUUCUCUUCUUUCUCCAGAGAGAUGCCGUGGGCAACAUGUAAUAACACAUGGAACACAGACUCUUGCGUGGUAUUGAGCAACUAUACUGCCAAUUGGACUUCCCAUAUGAACAUGUCAUCGUCUGUUGUAGAGUUUUGGCGACGACGCGUGCUAAACAUAUCCCCUGGCAUUGAGGUCUUGGGAAACAUCCAAUGGGAGCUCUCUUUAUGCCUUCUUCUUGCUUGGGUCAUCUGCUACUUUUGUGUCUGGAAGGGUGUGCGAUCGACUGGGAAGGCUACCUACUUCACAGCGACCUUCCCCUUCAUCAUGUUAGUGGUGUUGUUUGUCAGAGGAAUGAGCCUUCCUGGUGCCCUGCAUGGCAUCAAGUACUACCUGUACCCCAAUCCUGCACGGCUUGCUGAUCCACAGGUGUGGAUGGAUGCUGGAACCCAAAUAUUCUAUUCCUAUGCCAUAUGCUUGGGAUGUCUGACCACUCUUGGGAGCUACAACAAGUACAACAACAAUUGCUACAGAGACUCCUUCUUUCUUUGCUUGCUGAACAGUGGGACCAGCUUCAUUAGUGGCUUUGCCAUUUUUUCUGUUCUGGGAUACAUGUCGCAAAAACAGGGUGCGGACAUAGCCGUGGUAGCUGAGUCAGGUCCAGGUCUUGUCUUCAUCGUGUACCCGCAAGCAGUAAGCCUCCUGCCAUGGCCUCAAGUGUGGUCUGUGUGUUUCUUCACCAUGAUUAUCUUGUUGGGAAUCGACGGUCAGUUUGCGGGACUUGAAAGCAUCAUGACCUCUAUAACGGAUAUCUACCCUUCCCAGAUCCAAAAAGGAUACCGCAGAGAGCUGAUUUUAUUGAUACUCUGUGUUUUUUGCUGUCUCUGUGGCCACUUGUUGGUCUCACAGGCCGGCUCAUACAUUCUGCAGAUUUUUGAUCACUAUGUCUGCAGUGGUCCCACUCUUCUUUUGAUGGCAGUCUUCCAGUCGGUGGCUAUCGGAUGGAUUUAUGGUGCUGAUCGCUUCAGUGACAACAUUGAGGAUAUGAUCGGAUACAAACCUCUGUCGCUGCUCAAGUACUGCUGGCUCUAUGUCACGCCUGUUAUAUGCAGUGGAACACUUGUGUUCCUGUUGCUGAAAUACACACCACUCAAGUUCAACAACACCUAUGUGUAUCCUUGGUGGGCCUAUUGGAUUGGCUGGUUCCUGGCUUCGUCAUCGCUCUGUCUGAUUCCCGUUGGCAUGAUCUGCAAAUUAGCCAAAGGAAAGGGGACUCUCUGGCAGGCAGUCUGGAUGCCCUGUGGCACCCUGCUGCCUCUCACAGGUCAGUCUUGGUACUACACCACACAUUGGGAUUCGGGGAGGAGACUCACAUGUGUUGGUGAAGACAUGGUUAUGUGCGUGGGUUGCUGUGUUGGUUAUCUGAAGUACACCAAACACUAUAAGCGCAGUAAGAGCACACUUGCAGAUAUCGUCUCCGACAUGCUUGGGGUCUCGAUGUUAAACAUCAACAUGUUUGUGCUGAACCCUGCUUAAGGUGCCCAUUUUAAACCGAACUUCAUGCUUUUUUUUUUUGUCCUUGCAGCACAUAGUUUCUGCACAAGCAACCCCUUAUUCAAUUAUUUUACCGCCCUCAUUUACACCAUCUCUGUUUAAAUUUGAAUUUCUUGCAGGCCUGAAUGUCAGAUAUGGAUGUGUUUUUGCUUGCGUACUGCCUAAAUGUUUUUUUCUGUGUGCAUUUUCAAUACAGCCUCACCAUUUUGGGAGAUGAAGUUGUCCUUAACAGAGCUCUCUUUCUCUCUCUUUCCGACCUGUUCCCUGUUUAUUGGACCCAUAGGGGUUAUAGAAACACUUGGUUAAGUUCCCUGCACCAUGUAGUUAGUAAAGGCUGCCUCAUAUCUGACCACGUGUGCACUGCUGGGUUUCACAGCGCCAGUUUGGACAUUUCCACUUCAUUUCCCUUUUGGCACCUUCCCCAUGCUGCCUGCACUUUUGUAGAAUGCGAGCCAAACAGCAUGCAUAAGCACGUUACAAAACGAGCAGACUCACUAAUAAGUUCAAGCCUACGCACAUUUUUUUACUUUGCUAUAAAAGAAGUUUUCUAUCAAACAAGCAUUUCUCCUUUAUUUCUGCACUGAAAGUUUUACCUUAGGAUAAGCGGUAUAGAAAAUGGAUGGUGGAUGGAAGUUCUACCUUUUCUUCAUCAGGGAAAUGGACUGUUGUGAUGUCACGUUUGUGGUGGUCCGCCAUUUUUUUUUUUUUCUUUAAAGACUAAAUGCAACCAUGGGGCCUAGGAAGCUGUUGCUACGAAAAAGAAUCCACACAGCAGGGGGCAGUUAAGAGUGGUCGCAGCUAGACUUUACUUUGGUACAAACAGCGCCUCUGUGGUUGGUGCAGGUCAUGUAAAGUCAACUUUGAAUGGGAAAGGAACUUGCCGCAGACUGAUGGGAAGCUGUUUUGAGUAUUUGUUCAAUAGCCUUCAUACCCAUCCUAAGGUUCAUUUUAGUACAUCUUACUAGUGGUAUACUCUUGUGUCCUCACUAGUAAGACAAUUCAACAAACUAGUAGAAUGACUAGGGUGCAGGCACGUGCACACGUAGACCACAAGUGGUGCUCAAGCAUAUACAUAAUAAUAAAAUAUAAUUAUAUUAUUUAGUUAAAAAUAACUUAAAAAUAAUUGAAAUAAAGAAAUAAAAAUGACUAAUUACUAUUACUUAAGAUGUCACUGAUGGUGUAGUGGUACACUCGCCUGACUUUGGUGCGGGCAGCGUGGGUUCAGUUCCCACUCAGUGACGGUGUGAAUGUGAGUGCAAAUGGUUGUCCGUGUCUAUAUGUGCCCUGCGACUGACUGGCGACCAGUUCAGGGUGUAGUCCGCCUUUCGCCCGUAGUCAGCUGGGAUAGGCUGCAGCGCCCCGCGACCCUAACCAGGAUAAGCGGUGUUGAAAAUGGAUGGAUGAAUCUUACUUAAGAUGGAUAUCAGGGAUAUCGUAUAAAUAAUAUCGCAAACUACUAUAUGACAUUAAAGCACACUGGUAAGAUGACUUAUUUAUUUGAUGUCUUUGAUUUCAAGCUUAAGGACUAUUUACUAGUAUGGUACUAAAAUGCUCAUUUUCCUCAAUAGUAGGACAAUUCUGCCAUACUAGAAGAAGAAGAAUCACCUUUUAUUGCAUGCAUGCAUGCACACGAAAUGUGUUCUCUGCAUUUAACCCAUCACAGUGAACACAUACACAUGUUAGUGGAACACACUGGAGCAGGGGGCAGCUGAAGCACUCGGGGAGCAUUUCGGGGUAUUAGUGUCUUGCUCAAGGACACCUCAGCCGUGAGUCCGGGGGAUGUUGGUGGAUGGUCGUUGGGGUCUUGAACCUAGGUCCCCCACGGUGGCAGGCGAUGAUUUUAACCAUUGGGCCACAGCUACUACUAGGACAACUUCAUGCUAAUAGUGAGGAAAAACUUGUACUAGUUGACAUCUGCAUGCUACUAGUACUACUGGUGAAGCACCAGGUUUUAACCAGUAGAAUUUUAUAGUAUCACGAGUAGUACUAGUGGCACACAGUUGUCUACUAAUACUUAGUAGUCCUACUACUGGGCUGAAAUGUGUAGUGAAGACAAAGAGCGUACUCCUACAUGGUCCUUUUUUUCCCAUAUUGCUUCCUCAUUCUAAAGCCUUUUGAACAGGUUCAUCUGUAUGAUUAUGUUUUUUUUAAUGGAACAUUCACUUAUCUGGUUUGUUUUAUGAAGCAAUAUUGUCCAAGUUGUGCACAUUUGUCAUUAGGUCAACAUGGUAUGGUAUGGUGGUUUUUCCACAUGCUUUAACAAAUAUUUUUUUGACUCUUUAUUUACAUUUCAUCAUGUUUUGUUGUCAGUUUAUUAUUUGUGUAAAGAACAAAUAUAUGUUUAAUUCCAAAAUAAUUAUCUAUGGUUUUCAUCCCUUUUUUUUUUAGAGGAAACAUUCAAGAUUCCUGUUGAUGCAUUCAUUCAAAAUUAAGAAAAGUAGUCAAAAUAUAAUCAAAUGUCAUUAGUUAUAUUUCUUGGAGAAAGCAAUUGAAAAAAAUGACACGACAAUUACAUUUUCAACAGGGUAACUUUUAACUUCCCAACACUGCUAGUAGGACACAGUCGUUCUUCUUGUGUGCUGAAUUGUCUUACUAGGAGGACAAAGAACGUACUCGACAGUACAUGCCAGUUCCUUGAACUGGAUGCCAAGGUUAUCAAAUAAAUGCUUAAACGGCUUUCCACAGAGAAGUGAGUAGUAGUUUCACAAUCACGCAGGCCAAGAAAGUUUGCCCCACUCUUGAGUCUGUUAUGAUGAUUAUGGGAUCAAAUUAAAUUGUUUUGUUUCUGUGCCUUGUCACCACUUUCACUUAACCGCUUGGAUGGUUCCACUGUGACAUAGAGUUGCUCUGACAUGAAAAGAUGAUUGAGCACAAGGUUGGGAAACACUGGAAAAUAUAGUCUUAAAGCUACAUAAACUGAGGCAACAGACUUCAAAAAUGAUGCCAGUUUUGACCUCUUGACUUAUCAUCUUAUAAAAAACUGGUCACCCAGGACAACUAGGCUUUACAGGAUCAGGAUUUUUCGAGGCGAUCACCGAUCCGAUCAAAUGAUGGAUCUAUUUAAAUGACCUGUUCAUUUACUGUAUAUACUUGUGUACUUAAUUGCUCAAAAAAUUAUAUUUACAAUAAAUAAUGUAUCUUUGUUCCUCUAUUUAUGCCAGUGAGGCAUAGUGACAGGCAGAACAAAUGCAUGGUCUCUAUUAGAUGGCAGGAAGUAAAUACAGUAAUUAAUGUAUCCACUUUUUGUGACAUUUUUGUUUGUAGGUGUUCCGUGAGAUUUUUCAAUUGUAAAAUAUGUUGCUUGGCUCCAUAAAGGUUGGAAAUCAGUGCUCUAGUCAGAUCGUGUAUUUUAAUCAGUCAGGUCAAACCAACAUUACAACAUGACAGAAAUAAUGGAUGCUAACUUACUGUAAUUAAAUUACUUUAUUUCAAAUUAAAUUACUUCACCCACACCGAAACUUUAGAGCAUGACUCAACAGAUCGGUGGCAUGUUUACGUACAACCGUUCGUGCUAGCACUAGCUUGCUUGGCUACAUAACGUUUUUGUUGCUUGCUUGCUGCUGCACCGUAUCGUAUUAAAAGUACGGGAACAUACCUCAAGCAAGCCUUAAACGAACGUCCUCUCUUGUCCUGAGCACCGGUGACCACCAACACACGUUUUCCCCCAUUUUGUUCUUACAAACACACGGCACGAUCCAUUAUUGUUGUCGUCGCCAUGGUAACGAGUGUAUACGGUCACGUUCGCGUUGACACGAUGAAGCCCAGUGAUCGGAAAAAACGGGAUGCGGUGAGAUUUUAUUGCAGUAGUCUAACAUAGGGCAUUCUUGAAGAGGAAAUUUGUCUUGUAGUCUGAUCUGGGCAUUACGUGUUGUUUGUCUCAGAUGUGUUAUCUGUUCCACACCCAUAACAUGUUUUUUUUUUUUUUUAAAUAACUUUAUUGGCCGCCAGAUAUUUACAGGACUACGCCAAAAGACACGCGACAACGCAAAAAAUAAACUAUCUUUUGGAUUCAAAUAUACUGUGCACGAUGGCGACGCGGAGUAAAUGUCUUUUGCGGAGUCAUUGAUCGGAUCGGCGAAUUAUCACAUUAAAGCCGAUCAGCAUAAAAUGCUAAUUAUCGGCCGAUACCGAUAAGGCACACAAAAAUCGGUGUAAAGUCUAAUGACGACUAAUGCCUUUUAUAACCGACAGAGACACAAUAUCAAACGCACAAUAUGCAAGUUGUCUGGUUUCAAUUGCUGUACUCGUGUUCAUAAAAAUCUAUUACUGAAGGGAAUUAUAUAUGCACUGCAGUAAUCCACAAUUAAAAAAGAGAAACCGGGACGGGGGGAAACUUAAUUUUUUACCAGUUUCAAACCAAAAACAUCUUUCGAGUGUGCCUCAAAUGUUGAGCCUGUUGCUGGCUGUAUUAUUAUUAUUAUUUUUUAACUAUUUAUAAUAUUUUUGGUAAAGGUUUCUUGGAAUUGUUGUAUUGAUAGAUUUAUUGUUCACUUUAUACUGUUUGUCUUUACAUGUGAAUUUUAAUUUGUAUAAUAAAAUACUUUAUGGAGGA